GCGGUGCAGGCGGGAACAGCUUCUCUCUCUCUCUCUGCCUCGAACUCGAUCCAGAUCUCUCUCUUCUGUUCCUUGUCCUCUCCGCAGGAGGCGUGCGCAAAGCUCAGAGGGCCGAGGGAGGGAGGGACGACCCUGCGAGAGCUGCGACUAUCCCUCGGGGCCAUGGACUCGGACGCCAGCCUGGUGUCCAGUCGCCCGUCGUCGCCAGAGCCCGAUGACCUUUUUCUGCCGGCCCGGAGCAAAGGUAGCGGCGGCAGCGGCUUCACCGGGGGCACCGUGUCGUCGUCCACGCCGAGCGACUGCCCGCCAGAGCUGAGCGCAGAGCUGCGCGGUGCCAUGGGCGCGGCGGGCGCGCACCCCGGGGACAAGCUGGGCGGCGGCGGCUUCAAGUCAUCCUCGUCCAGCACGUCGUCGUCCACAUCGUCGGCGGCCGCGUCGUCCACCAAGAAGGACAAGAAGCAGAUGACGGAGCCCGAGCUGCAGCAGCUACGCCUCAAGAUCAACAGCCGCGAGCGCAAGCGCAUGCACGACCUCAACAUCGCCAUGGACGGGCUGCGCGAGGUCAUGCCUUACGCGCACGGCCCGUCGGUGCGCAAGCUCUCCAAGAUCGCCACGCUGCUGCUCGCGCGCAACUACAUCCUCAUGCUCACCAACUCCCUGGAGGAGAUGAAGCGACUGGUGAGCGAGAUCUACGGCGGCCACCAUGCGGGCUUCCACCCGUCGGCCUGCGGCGGCCUGGCGCACUCGGCGCCCCUGCCCGCCGCCACGGCGCACCCCGCGGCCGCCGCGCACGCCGCACACCACCCCGCGGUCCACCAUCCCAUCCUGCCUCCUGCGGCGGCCGCGGCGGCCGCCGCCGCCGCCGCCGCCGCGGUGUCCAGCGCCUCCUUGCCCGGCUCCGGGUUGUCUUCGGUCGGCUCCAUUCGGCCCCCGCACGGCCUGCUCAAGUCUCCGUCUGCGGCCGCGGCGGCCCCGCUGGCGGGCGGGGGCGGCGGCAGCGGGGGCAGCGGCGGCUUCCAGCACUGGGGCGGCAUGCCCUGCCCCUGCAGCAUGUGCCAGGUGCCACCGCCGCACCACCACGUGUCGGCCAUGGGCGCCGGCAGCCUGCCGCGCCUCACCUCCGACGCCAAGUGAGCGGGCGGGCGCCGGCGCGUUCUGGCGAGCGGAGGGACCCGGAGGCCGCGGGGAAGCAAGGAGCGGCCGGCGCGGGGGCCUGGGAGCUCAGUUCCCAAGAUCACAGG